GGCGGAGGCAGCCGGCCUUGGCCCCGCCCCUCGGGACGCCGCGCGGGUCACCUGACGCGGCUGCGGGCUGAAGAGACACAAGGGAAGCCGCGGUCGCCCCAGUCGGGUCUUCUCUCGCCGCCGCGGCCGCCGCAGUCGUCUGCCGCCCCCGGGACCCGCCGCCUCACUGCCGCCGCCUCGCCGCCCGCGCCAUGCCGUCGGAGAAGACCUUCAAGCAGCGCCGCACCUUCGAACAAAGAGUAGAAGACGUCCGGCUUAUCCGAGAGCAGCACCCUACCAAAAUCCCAGUGAUCAUCGAGCGGUACAAGGGGGAGAAGCAGCUUCCUGUCCUGGACAAGACCAAGUUCCUUGUUCCCGACCAUGUCAACAUGAGUGAGCUCAUCAAGAUCAUUAGGAGGCGCUUACAGCUCAACGCUAAUCAGGCCUUCUUCCUGUUAGUGAACGGACACAGCAUGGUGAGUGUGUCCACACCGAUUUCUGAAGUGUACGAAAGUGAGAAGGACGAAGACGGGUUCCUGUAUAUGGUAUACGCCUCUCAGGAGACAUUUGGAGUGAAAUCGUCUGUGUAAGACUAGAAAAAUGCAUCUGUUCUUGAAAUUUUUUAAACCCUUACCAAGGAAAAAAAAAGGGGGGGAUAUUAGCGACUGAGGGUUGAUCAGAUCAUCCAGACAGUAGUGUUCCUGCCUAGGAGUUUUAGGAAGUUGUUUUGUACCACAAGCAGAAAAACUGAGCUCGGUGAGCACAUCCAGCUUUGGAAAACUCUAUUAUUUAAACUAGGCUGUUUUGUUUUCAAAUUUAGAAGUUUAAAAAUAAAACACUUUGCAUUCUAAGUUGCCAAUAAAACAGACCUUCACAUUAUUUUAAUGCUCUUCCCCUAUUAGGAGCCUGUACUUAAGCCUUCAGAGACGCAUUCUUGACUAGGUUCACAGACCCAGCGGACGUUCUGUGAGGGUUUCUGUUGAACGGGGGAAGUACCUGUGAGAGGAUCUGUGAGCACGAGUUGUCCUGCCUCCGCCCACCCAGUUGGCCAUAGUCGUGGGCAAAAAGCAGGGAAAACGGGGCAGGAAAACGCUGACCGCUGCCCUGGGUUCCCGCUCCUAGUGUGCGCGUGCCCGAGCUCUUGUUCUCGCGGUGCCGGCAAACUCAUUUUCUUUUCCAGACGGUAACAGAGAAAAGCACCACUGCUUAGUACGAACCUUGAAUCCUUUAAAAUUUUGGUCUAGUUUCUCAAAGCGCCCAGAGAAGGAAGGUGCGGCAUUUCUCCCAGUUUGUGGGGUCUCUCUGAAGUCCAGCCGCCGCCUCGUCCGUGAGGGGACCAGCGGUUCUGUCAGUUUCGUUCUUAGGACAGUGCCGGACACCGCGGGACAGACGCACGCCCUCUACCUUUUGGCCUAAAGCUGUAGAUGAUCCGUGUUCUGUGUUAAGUGUGUGACUCUUAUUAAAAAGUUCCCACGUGUUAAGAGUAUUUCCGUUGUCCUUGCGGGCCGUCCCACCGUCCGAGUUCCUCCCCGCCGGGCGCAUGUCAGACGAAACCAGCAGCAAAAGGAGACCUAGCGUUCUUCUCAGACAGUGUCAGGCGGCAGACCUCGUCCAAGUUCAGCUGGAAUAACCGGCGCUGCCUGCGGCCUGCACGGGGCCCCCUGAGUCCCGUCUCUGGGAGGAGCACAGAGAGCCCGCGGACCGCUUCCGACUGAGCCGCAGCAGGUCGCGCCUCGGCUUGUGUACUUCGGCGAGCGCGGCGCACCUGCUCCCGUCCGCGGACGUCACUUCCUCACGGAGGGGGGGAAGCCACAGUCCUGCCUGCGCGCACUCGACCCCCGACCUUCCCGCUGCAUGCGUCUGUCCGCGUGGCUCCCUUGGAACACGUGUGCUUUCACAGUAUGUACACUCCGCAUCGGCCUGUCUUGUUAGAUUGUACACAUCAUUCUAGCUUACGUUCUUGUAACUGCUGUGUGACCAGUAAGACUCCUAGAAGAAAUCCUGCUUUUUAAAAACACAAGUACCUUGCAGGGAGGGGUGACUUCUACCCCACUUCAGUGGGUGGUCACUAGGCUCUCUGAACCAAGUACAUUUUUAAUGAACUAAGGUGAAUAAAGUCACAACUAAAAACU